GCUCACCAAAACAAAGCGUGGGCUGAAACCGUUUUGUGACUGUUAAAAUCGCACAUAAUAUGCUAAAAUGCCGAUUUGCUGGCUUAUCAGAGAGGAGGGCAAUCAUAAACCCAUCCGACUGCCUCACUUGCAGACUGUGGUCCUGGGUCGAGGUCCAGAGACGACUAUUAAAGACAAAAAAUGCUCUCGGCACCAAGUUGAAUUGAAAGCAGAAUGCAACAAAGGUUAUGUCAAAGUUAAACAGCUGGGCUUGAACCCAACAUCCAUAGACUCUGUGGUGGUGGGUAAGGACAGUGAGGUCAAAAUGAAGGCCGGACAGAAGCUUCAUAUUGUCAACCAGCUCUACCCAUACACUGUACAGUUCAAGGAGGAUACCACCGGGCUCCUCGGGGGAAACAAAAGACCCCGAGAGCUGGCUUCAGAGGAGAGAGAGAGCCACAGAGAGGCUCUGAGUGUGAAAGCAGCCAAACAGACAGAAAAGACCUCUGUGCCAGACAGCCUGGGAGAAAACAUAAAAAACACAGUGAGAGAAGAAACUUUUUUGAGAUAUAUAUUUUUUAAUUACGUCCAAAUGUCCAAUUAUCUUGAAUACAUUUUCUUAAGACCUGGUACGAGUAUGUUACACAGAAAAAAAAUCAUAACCUUACAUUUUUUGCAGGAAAGUUUUGCACCUUGGAGCCAAGGUCUGAAGUCCUCAAUGCAAGACCCAAAGAUGCAGGUGUACAAGGAUGAUAAAGUAGUAGUCAUUAAAGAUAAAUACCCCAAAGCUCGCUACCACUGGUUGGUCCUCCCGUGGCAGACCAUUUCCAGCCUGAAGGCCUUACGAGAGGAGCACUGCGAUCUGGUGAAACACAUGCAUCAAGUCGCUGAGCAGAUGGUUCAACAAUGCCCAGAUGCUACAUCAUUACGCUUCCGCACCGGGUACCAUGCCAUCCCCAGUAUGAGUCACGUACACCUGCAUGUGAUCAGCCAAGACUUCGACUCCCCUUCUUUAAAGAACAAGAAACACUGGAACUCAUUCACAACUGACUAUUUCAUGGACUCCCAAGAUGUCAUUCAGAUGCUUGAAACAGAUGGGAAAGUAACCAUCAAAGAAGGAACCAGCGAGUUAUUGAAACUUCCUCUCCGCUGUCACAUCUGUCCUAAAGAGCUUCCCACCAUACCAGCGCUAAAGGAACACCUGAAGUCUCACCUCCCCAGAUAAGAAAGUGACCUCAAAGGGAACAAAUGCCUCAGUUAAUGUUGGGUUCAUUUCGAAAUGUAGUCAAUUGGGCAAUUUUUUGUUCAGAUUAUUAAGUGACUAGAGCACUAUGUUGUAGCUGAAGUUGUAUUUUCAACUAGAAAGACACAUGUAAGACACGUAUAAUCCUUUUUGAUACAAGAGACAGUCAAACCAACAGAACAAAUUCAAUUUAUGUUAGAUUUCCUUAUCCAACCCCCCAACUCUCUGGUUUGGAGAAUGCCAAAAUAUUGUAUAUUUUGUUUCAACAUUUCAUAUGUUUAAAUAUGUUCUAUUAAAAUGUUUUCGAAAAACAAAAUACGAGGUUCAAAUUUGUAUUGAAAUGAUGGCAUUUUUUCUCUUGUAGUGCAAUAACUGUACACACCCUUGUGUAAAGCAUGAUGUCAGUUUGAAAAGCUUUGGAGAUUCUUAUUCUGUUGUGAAUUUAACAAAGGCUUUUGAGGAGUAUGAAGUAUCACUGUCAAAUAUGUCGUUAAAUGAAUUAUAAUAUAAGAAGAGACAUUAAGAAGGGUUGG